CUCGAACGAAGAAUUAUGAAAGUAACAAACCCUGACCCUGACAAUAAAGUGUUGUUUCCUCUUUCUUCUCUUCAGCGGCAAGCCUGGGUCGAAACUUAAACUAACUUUCUUGCCGUAGGAAGUCAGAAUUGCUCUACGAAAUUUCUAUCAAAUGAUAGUUAAGAUGCUUUAGAGCGACCCGUUAUUCAGAUUAACAUGUCUGCCAAUCCUGACUUUCCUGUCAUGAAUCGCCUAAGUAAAACAAAUGGUCAGGACAAAGUUCAGUCUAUUUCAAUCAGAAAUUUACCGGUGGAUGUAGAUGACAAAAUGCUGAGGAGUAUUAUACCUUCGGCUAAAAAAAUCAGUUCACACAAGCAAACAUUUUUUAUCACAUUUUCUACUGUGAAGGGCUAUACAGAUGCAUUACGUCGUUUAAGAAGAGUCGACUUCAAUGGAGUUAAGCCAACUGUAAAAUCUAUUUGUCGACCAUCACAAUCCAAAAAUGUAAUUCAGCCAGAAAAUGUUGAAUUAACUGUUCAAAACCUGCCUCAGUCGACUACACUAACUCAGCUUAAAGUAGAAUUUCCUACAGCAGUAUCUAUAAAAUUAAAAACUGAUAUAUGGGAUGUACAGAAAAAGUCAUGUUUGCUAAAAUUUCAAUGUUCAGAAGAUCUCGAAGAUGUAUUUGAAGAUUGUCAUCACAAAUUAAUUGGAGGUCAGACUAUUAAAGCUAUAAUUGGUGUUCAAUCAACUCUUCAUUAUGAAUCCUGUGGUGCUGAUGAUACACAAGAUAUUCAUGGGUUUGAACUUGUUAGAGUACUAUCAAACAUUGACGAUGAUAAAAUUCGUAAACAAUUUCCUGAAAAUACUAUAAUUGAUUAUCAUUCAAUACCUAAUAAUGAUUUAGUCACUAGAAAUGUGUUUAUUCGUUUCGUAAAACAAGGAUUCAAUUGGCCACUUAUUAUGAUGUUAAAAAACAAUGUAUUUAGUGGAUUUCCUUUUGAAUGUCGACCAUGGACCAAUUCUAUGUUUUAGAAGCAGAAUGAAGAGAAUAACUGGACAAUCAUGAAUAUUACAAUGUAGGGAAAACAAAACAUUUAUUUUUAGAAACAAACUAGUAUUUUACAAAGAAAAUUUAAAGGAUUUUUUGUAGUUAUGUAUAAUUUUACAUGUUUAACUUUGGUACUAUUAAAUAAAAAAGUUCCAACCUCC